AUGGAAAAUCAAUUUGCUAGAGUGGCUGAGUUAGUCCCAGAGAAACCCAAGAGAUCUGCUCUGAACCAACUCACCAGGUUACUGCUUCGCAAAUAUAACUGUGGAGUCCGGCCUGUGCAGAACUGGACCAAACCAACUAAAGUUUACAUUGACCUUAUAAUUCAAUCUGUUCUAGAUGUGGACGGACAGACUCAGAAAGUGACCACCAGCAUUUGGUAUCGCCAGAUAUGGAACGAUGAGUUUCUUGUUUGGGAUCCCGAAGAGUUUGACGGAAUCACUGAAAUAUCUCUGUCCUCGGAUGCCAUCUGGGUGCCUGAUGUCAUCAUAAGUGAAUUCGUCGAUGUCGGCAAAUCCCCAGUCAUCCCAUAUGUUUAUGUCAACUGCUCAGGAACAGUAAAAAACUACAAACCCAUCCAGGUGGUCUCAGCCUGUCACCUGGAGAUUUAUGCCUUUCCCUUUGACAAGCAGAACUGCACUCUGACCUUUCGCAGCUGGCUCCACUCAGUGAAUGAAGUGGAUUUAGCUCUGUGGAGGCCCGCCGAGGAAAUCGCCAAUGAUACCAGAGAGUUCAUGAACGAUGGUGAAUGGGAGCUGCUGUCUGUCCCUUCUCACUACUGGACACUGAAUCUAGAGGACAGAGACUACGCGCAGAUUCAGUUUAAUGUGCUGAUCCGCAGGCGCCCCCUGCUGUACGUGGUAAGUCUCCUCAUCCCCAGCAUCUUCUUCAUGGUGGUGGAUGUCACCAGCUUCUAUCUGCCUCCGAACAGUGGCACUCGCAUCACGUUCAAGACCAGCAUUCUCUUGGGCUACACUGUAAUCAGAGUCAAUCUGAUGGAUGAAAUCCCUGCUACCGCUAUUAAGACACCCCUCAUUGGGGCCUUCUUCGCUGUCUGCAUGGCACUGCUACUGCUGAGUUUGGCCAUGUCCAUUUUUGUAGUGAAGCUUUUGCAUUACAGUGAGAAGGAAGUCAAGGAGAUGUCCGUGUCUGCUUGUUUACUAGACAAAUACGGCUCAAUGGAUCAGAGCUUUAUUGAGAGUGCUUUCACAUCAAUGAAAACACUGGAUGAUAUGGAGCAGUCUGGAGGCUACGAGUUUGAUCUCUCUCCAGAGCCAGACCUGUUCUCCCUGACAGAAGUCUCAAACAAUGACUCUCCUCUGGAGAAGAUCCUGGAGGAGGUGGUGUCUCUCAGACUGUACCUUCAGGAGGAGGACAAUGAGGGCAGCUCACAGUCUUACUGGGUGGAACUGUGCCUGAAAGUGGACAAGCUCCUCUUCUGUGUGUACCUGCUACUUAUGUUCAUCUAUGUCAUGACUCUACUGCUGCUCUGGGGUGUCUGGAGCUCUGCCUGAAAGUCUGAAGGAGGUGGUAGGGCAAAAGACAUGUAAUGAAAAGAGAAGAACAAAACCGAGGUAGAGAUGAAGGAGAAAGUAAAAAAGUAGGUUCAGUUUUAGAGUACAAUUAAUUACAUUUGAUCCUAUUAACAGAUUUUCAUCUAUGAUAUAAAAUGAACAAAAAUUAUAUAGGUGGAGUCCUUAAUUGUAAAACGUGAUUAAACUUACCUUAAAGGAAUAGUUCACCCAAACAUGAACAUUCUGUCAUUUACUCAGCUUUGAGUAGUUCCAAGUCUGUAUGAAUUCUUUGUUCUUCCGAACACGAAGGAAGAUAUUUUGCAGAAACUUUGUUACCAGGCUGUUUUAGGUCACCAUUGACUUCCAUAGUAGGAAAGAAAUACCCAAAACAGCCUAGUUACGAAAUCAUAAUGACUAGCUGCGAGCAAGUUGCCUUCAUGUUGUACAUGAUUAUUUGCCACAGAAUAAAGAAAAACAAACUAAUGAACAAAUGUCUUCUAUGCUUCUCUUAUUUUCGCUAAUAACACUCAAAUGUUUUAUUUUAAUUGUAGCGUUUGAUGAUAAGAGAAUGUCUCA